ACUAUACGUGUUUAUGGGUUUCUUGGUGGUUGACAGCUGUCAAUUGUGCAUAGGUUGGUAGUGAGUCACGGCAUUGGCAUUGGAUUUGACGAAGAUAACUUAGUGCGACAGGUGAUUAAGUAGAAAUUAAAAGCAAUUUAUGCCUUAUGAAUUUCCUUUAGAUAAUCUAGGUAACCACUUGGUUCUUGGCCUCCAACUUUUCCGCUGGUCUACAGCAAGUAUCGCACAACAUCACCUACCCUUUGUUCAGAUGUCCAGCUUUUUUUUCGACAUAACAGGUAUGGCAUCAAGCUCCGUUAGCCAGGAGGAUUUUGAUAAUGACUUUGAACUAACAUCAAGAAGGUCUAGAAUUCGAACUGCUAGAGCUAGAGUUGGACCACCUAGGACAGGAGAUACAGCGUCCAUAACUUUUCAAAAAAGUGCACCAGAUUCGGAAGAAUCACAAGGUAUAUGCAAUUCUAGUUCAAAUAGUGUACCUCCAUCAGAACACGAUGGUCAGCAAAAUAAGCCCAUAAUGAGGAAACAAGACAAACGUGUAACUGGCCGUGUCUUUAGUGUCGUAUCCUGUUUGCAUAGGCCAACGCAUAUAAACAAGGGAAAGCAGCAACGUGAUCGACGGAAACUCAGAGAAAAAAGACGAAGCACUGGAGUUGUGCAUUUACCAUCAACAGAGAGUACAGGAGGAAGUACAGGAGAAGAUGAAGAAGAACUCAGUGGUACUUGUCUUGAAACAAAAAAUAAUACACAUCAUAAUGAGUUCCUUGAUCAUGAACUCAUUGAAGAACGAAGUGUUAAAGUAUAUACACAAAGGCGAAAUAAAAGGCAUUACCGUACUUCAUACAGGUCAUGUUUAAUUAGACACGGUUGUCAUUCAGAUUUAGAAGCAGAUGAUGAAGAGUUUGAUUCUCUUAACCAGUCUGACAGUGUUAAUCAAUCUGACCACACAAAUCACGAGCCACAAACUUCAUUAAAUAUAACAAACAGACCAAGAUUACCUACACCUACAGGAGAUAAUCCACAUGAAUUAAUUGAACGUGCUCAAGAAGAAAAUAGAAGGCUUUUAUCUCUCUUGGAAGAUCGUGAUCAUAAAAUAAUGGCACUGGAGGCUCGUCUUUUACAGCAACAACACGAAAUGGCAAUAGAACGAGAACGUCUUCGUGAAGAAAAUGCAGCACUAAUUCGGGCGAUGGCAGCUUUAGCAAGCAACUAAUUUUUUUUUCUUGCAUAUAAUAUCCCAUUUAUUGUCGACCUUUGAAUUAUUCUAGAAAUUAUGCAUAAUUAAUAAACUAUAUAAUAUAAUUCUAGUUUAAAAAAUUAAAAAGAGUUACUUAAUAAUGUUAACUCUUGCAGAAGAGUGUACUUUGAAAUAUAAUUACGAAUUCUAUAUCAUCAGGGUAAGCCACAAAACUGAAGAAGUAGAAUCAGAUAUUGUACAUUUUUCGGCAAGAAAGAAAAAGUUACAGUUUGUUUACUUGUAAUAGACAUUCUCUAUCUUGCUUAUAUAGCGUAUAUUAUAAAUCCUAACGUAAAUAUCUUGUACACUUUUAUUAUUGUUCAUAUUUAGUUAAUUCUUUUAUAGGUUAAGAGUCGAAUAUGUUUCUCUUCUCAUUUUUUUAAUCGUGUUCCUUUAUAUAUUGAAGUUUUCAUAUGUUUUUAAAAUUAAGUACUUAUAGCCUUAAAAAGAAUUUAAAUAAUGAAUGGAAGCAAAAAGAACAGCUUUAUGUAAAAGAAUGACUUUAUAAAGGUGCUGCAAUUUCCGUUCAA